GCAGGUAUUCCUUGGCAGAGAGCUUUCUUUUAGGUUAAAGUCACCGCUGCGAAGCAAGAAUUGGAAGAAAUCGCGAAGCGUUCGGGAGCGGGAGGCGCUGGGAACCUUCAGAGGACAAGCAAAUAAGAAUAAUCUGCUAGAAGACUGAACAACACAGAGCGACAACAUGUCGGCCCGAGGUGGAAAGAAAAAAAUGACCAAAAUGUCUCGCUCUAGCAGAGCAGGCGUUAUUUUUCCAGUGGGCAGAAUGAUGCGAUACUUAAAGAAAGGAACAUACAAAUUCCGGAUAGGAGUGGGAGCUCCUGUCUACAUGGCAGCUGUCAUAGAAUAUCUAGCAGCAGAAAUAUUGGAAUUGGCUGGUAAUGCUGCAAGGGACAACAAAAAGGGAAGAAUUGCUCCAAGACACAUCCUUCUGGCAGUUGCUAAUGAUGAGGAGCUGAAUCAGUUGCUAAAAGGAGUGACCAUUGCAAGUGGAGGUGUCCUGCCCAGGAUUCAUCCAGAGCUUCUUGCCAAAAAACGAGGCACCAAAAGCAAAUCUGAUACUAUCCUUUCACCUUCUCCAGAGAAGAGAGGGAGGAAAUAUUUGGGGACCAAGAAGACUGGAAAGAAAACAAAGGCUGCAAAAGCCCGGGCACCCAAAAAGAACAAACAGAAGGAGAAUGAAAAAGAAGGAGCAUCAAAUUCAGCAGCUGAUGAUGGACCUGGUGAUGGGUUCACUAUACUCUCCUCCAAGAGUCUUCUUCCAGGACAGAAGCUCUCUCUGACGCAGAGUGACAUCAGCCAUAUUGGUUCUAUGAAAGUAGAAGGCAUUGUGCACCCGACUACUAGUGAAAUAGACCUCAAAGAAGAAGUAGGUAAGGCACUGGAAAAGUCUGGAGGUAAAGAGUUCUUAGAAACCAUAAAGGAACUCCGUAAAACACAAGGACCUCUGGAAGUCACAGAAGCUGCUCUCAGCCAGUCUACUGGUCUCGCAGCAAAGUUUGUCAUUCACUGUCACAUCCCACAGUGGGGUUCAGACAAAUGUGAAGAGCAGCUGGAGGAGACUGUAAAGAAUUGUUUAACUGCUGCUGAAGACAAGAAGCUGAAAUCUGUGGCUUUCCCACCUUUCCCCAGUGGCAGAAAUUGCUUUCCAAAACAGACUGCAGCCCAGCUGACACUCAAAGCCAUUUCUUCCCAUUUUGAUGACUCCAGCCCUUCUUCCUUGAAGAACAUUUACUUCGUGCUUUUUGACAGUGAGAGCAUUGGCAUCUACGUGCAAGAGAUGGCAAAGCUAGAUGCAAAGUAGCAACAGAAGCCAAAUGAAAAUUUAUUUUUCAACAUGAAUAUGAGUAGGAAUGAAUUAGAAGUGGGUUUUAUUUUUAAAAUAUUGUGAGGACGGAGUAUGUGAGUAGCUUUGAAGUUUUGUGAUGGGUGGAGGGCUUUUGUUAAUUGGGGGGGGGGAGAAGGGGAAUUUGUUUGGGAGAAUUUGAUCGGCAAUUAUACCAUGCUUUAGGCACCCUCUACCAUUUUAUAUCAUCCCUAAGAAAUUACAUUGCCAGGUCUCUUUACCUUUUAAUGUCUCGAGUUAUUUUAGUUUAGACCUUUUAAAGAUUAAUCUCAUUUUAGAGUAGCAAGACAAUUCAACACAGAGUGGGAAAAUGAAUUGUUUGCUCUUUCUUUCCCCACUGGUAGUUAGAAAACCUUGUUAUGUCUACAUUCCAUGUUGGAGAAAGUAAUUUCAAAGAAAACUCACUUGGUGCUUUACUGUUUUACCCCAGAAUGAACUGUAAUUGCUGAGAAUAUUUCAUCUUAUUUGUUUUUAUAUAAAAAAUGUGGCAUCAUGCUUUUUAAAAACUUGAAACUCAAAACCUU